AUGCUGCCCACGCGUCACGGCCGUCAGGGCCGCCCCGAGACGAGUUGGCUACUGCUACCGAAGCUUUACGUGUACUUAGGUGCGCUGGCCACGUUCGUCGCUGGGGCUCUCUUUGGGUCGGGCUACUACCACACAAGGGGCGGCGCCACGUCGCACGUGCUCGGCCGCUACGUGUCUCCCAAGUCCACGGUGCUGGUGACGGGCGGCUUGGGCUUUAUCGGUAGCCACGUGGUCGACGAUUUACUGGCCAAUGACUUUGAGGUGAUUGUGUACGACGACAUGAGCAAUGGCAAGAACUUCAACCGCGAUGUCGCAUCUGUGCUGCUGAAAGACAUUACCGUCGUCGACGACUUUUCGUUCAUCGUUCACAAGGUCGACUAUGUGGUGCAUUUAGCUGCUGCGAUUUCUGUCGAAGAAAGCACUCGUCUUCCCGAGAAGUACGAGCGGAUCAAUGUCGAAGGGUCGCGCAAGGUGCUCGACUGGGCCACCAAAAACGGCGUCAAGCGCGUCGUAGCUGCGUCUUCUGCUGCUACGUAUGGCGUUCCACUUCCAGAGAAUAUGCCGUUGAGUGAAGAGACAGCUACUGGUGGUAUCUGUGCGUACGCGACCACGAAAUUCCGCAUGGAAAAGCUGAUGAAAGAGUUCAACGAGGAUUACGGUCUCGCUUCGACAGCGCUACGGUUUUUCAAUGUCUAUGGACCACGGCAGGACCCCAACUCGUCGUACAGCGGCGUUGUUUCCUGGUUCAUGGAGCAGGCCAAGGUCAAUGGCACGUUGAAGGUGACUGGCGACGGGGACCAGUACCGCGACUUUGUGUACGUGAAAGACGUGGCACGUGCCGUUCGCACGGCAAUGCUCUUGACAAGUGACGAAUUCGACGUGUUUAAUGUGUGCACGGGCGUCAAGUCCACGAUCCAGUCAGUGGCAGAGCGCAUUGUCGAGAAGUUUGGAUCGUCUGCUGCCAUUGAGCACGUGCCGUUUCGCUCGGGUGACGUGAAGGAGUCGGUCUGCUCUCCUGUCAAAGCAGCGACCAAACUGGGGUUCACGGCAUCCUACGACUUUUCCGAAGGCAUCAGUGAAACGCGCGACUGGUUCUUGUCACUCUGA